CACCUCCAGCCUGAGAAGGCGGCUAGGCGGGAAUAUAAGGGACCUGAUGCCUGCUCGGCUUGGCACUGCACUGGAAGUCUCUGCCUCCUCCUCUCUCUGAGCCUGCGUGGUCUAUACAAGCUUCGGAGAUGUCCCAGCAACACCCAUUGCCAGUGACUGCCCAAGCUGAAGUUCAGGAAUCCCUCAAGACUGUGUGUCCUCCAGCCCAUGCCCAUGAGGAACAAACGAAGCAGCCAACUUCUCAACCUGCACAAUGCCAGAAAGUAUCCUCUGAGAUGCAAGAGAAGGGCUCCACACAAGAGGAGAAGGGCACAACAGCUGUGAAGGGGCUGCCUGGGCAAGAGUGUGAUCAGCAGCAGCAGCAGGGACCACACGAGCCCCAGCUGUCUGUGAAAAAGCCACAGCAGGAUCUGCAGGAGCAGGGACUGCAUCUGAAGAAGCAGAGGCCACCACAGGAGCCACAGGGGCUGCACCUGGGCCAACAUCAGCAAGAACCACAAGAGCUGCACUUGGGACAGCACCAGCUUCAAGAGCCACAGGGAGAGGGUUUGUGCCUGGGACAGCAGCAGCAGCAGCAGGAGGACACAUCGGGACCACAGGAGCUAAGUCUAAGGCCGAGCCUAAAGGAGAAGCAGCAGGAUCUAGAACUGUGUGUGGGUCAGCAGCAGAACACUCCUGAGGAGCAGGGACUGAUUCCAGGAGAGAAGCAGCGGGAACCGCAGAAGCAGGAGCUAUACCAGGAGCAGAGACACCAGGAGUCACAGAAGCAGGAGCUGCAGCUGGGACAGGAGUCAAGACACCAGGAAGAGCUGCCGCUGGAUCACCACCAGGAGUCACAUCUGAGACAGCAUCAGAAGCAAAAUCACUGUGAACCAGAACUGCACCUGGGAAAGCAGCAGGAUCGGGAGUCACAGGAGCCAGAAGUGCACCCGGGAAAGCAACAGCAAGAGGAGUCACAGGAGCCUGAACUACACCUUGGAAAGGAGCAGGGUCAGGAAUCACAGGAGCCUGAACUGCACCUGGAACACAACCAGAAGCAGAAACAGAAGCUGCAGGAUCCAGAGCUGCACCAGGGGAAGCAGCAAGAGACAGAGCAUGAAGGGCAUCAAGGAACACAAAGCCCAGGUCAGUCACUUAAGCAAGGGAAAGCCCCAAGGGAGCAGCAUCUGGACGACUUACACGUACAACAGGAGAAGGAGCUCUUGGAGCUGCGACUGGAUCAAGGCCCAGUGAAGAAAGAUGAGCAACUGAAACAAGCACCAGAGCCCCUGACACAGUGCGGGAAGCAGAUAGAGCAAGUCGUACCAAGCGCUGAGUCCAAGAGACUCAGCCAACCCAACCUGUGAAAGGAGACAGCUUGCUCCCCACGGAGAAACAGAGGCAGAACCAGGAAGUACAGUGACACCAAGGCUAAAGCAAUCACCAUGAUGUCCCAGAGACUCUUCACCUAUCCCAUACAAGGGAAGAGAGCCAUCCACCACACUUCCUUCAGGUCCCUGGCUGAUCCACUCAUCCACGAAUCCGUAUGGUUUUGACCUUCUUCAUGCCUAUGACAGGCUGGGAAACAGGACGUUUAUGGCCCAGCAUCCACCCCAAGAAGCUCAACCCCUACCUUAUUCAUCAAAGCAUCUUCCUGGGGUGGGAAUGGGGAGCUGUUAUUAGUAUAGCAACUUUGACUUCAUUCCUAGCAUUGUGACUGAAUCUGUGAAUAUGCACAAUAGUAUGUAAUAAAUCCUGAAAACCCUGUGA